AGUGUAUUAAGAUCAAUCGAAUCACCAUAAUUUGUUUAGUGCUGUUUAGUGGUAGUCGGUUGUACUAAUAUCCGUAUUUAAAUCAGAAUUUCGAAUUGCAAAGGAAUGAGUUACACCAUCUUAUAUUUGUUGGGUCUAUAUUCGGUUAUUUAAUAUCAUCUGUUAAUUAAUUAAUAAUUUGUAAUAAUAACAUCUGAAGGGAUAAAUACGCACGCCGACUUAUACGUUAGCAGCUGUUUUACAAAAUGAGAUUUCCCCGAAAAAUGCGACUUAGAUUUAAAAUAUUUAUGGGAGGAAAUUUGUAUGAAAUUCGACUUCUGAACGCUAUUGCCAAUUCAGACUUCCAGUUAUGGAGAACUUCCAGCUAUGGAAGUUCGAGUGCUGAUGGUCAUUAUGAAAUCACCCUUUUGACAAAAGCAACUGUCCAUAGUAGUGGGAUUGUUAUGUGGCAACCGCCUGUGGUCUAUAAAUCAUCUUGUUCAAUCGAUGUUGCACAUUUUCCAUAUGAUGUUCAGACUUGCAUACUAAAAAUAGGAAGUUGGACUUAUGAUGGUUUUAAGGUUGACCUGCGGCAUAUGGAUGAACAGCAGGGUAAUAACAUUGUAGAUGUCGGAGUAGAUCUAUCUGAGUUCUAUAUGUCUGUGGAGUGGGAUAUUCUUGAAGUUCCAGCGGUCAGGUAAG